AUGUAUUGGAAGAAGGAGAUGCCGAGUUGUCCGCUGCUGUCAUCGCCAUUCUCGCUCAGUUGGCGCAAGAGUUCCACGUCAACAAAUGCGAAUGUAUCAACUUGGCCGUCCACGACUUCAGCGUCACUUUCCAGCUCAUGGGCCGCAAUGUCGCUCAUGUCUCGCGCAUCGUCUUCCGCGAUCCCGCCACUGCCGCGCGGGACAUCCGGUCUGAGAGCGAGCUCACCAACAUUUUGUCAGGUAUACGAUCCGAGACCCAGAGAACUGAGGCGGUUGAGAUGUUGUUGGAGCACGAGCCUUGGGAGAUGGAGGCGAAGAAUAGCCUCUUUGCUGUGCUUGUGGCGCGGUCUGGUUUUGCCGGUUGGCAAGCGCACUACGUCAAUGUGGAUAGAUGGAGACAAAGAGGGUUUGGGUGAUCCUCCGGAGACGAGUGCGACUGGCCCCACCAGCGAGGUUCCACCACCACGAGGCUGGACGGCGGGUUCGUCGACGACGACGACCACGACUGAUACGUCCCAGUCUGGUUCUACGGCUACCGGUGGCACAGCCUUCAAGAUGUUCCCCUGUCCGGCCGUUGCUGCAGAUUUGCAUCGUCUCCAGGGCAUCGACACGACCCAUCAUCAGUCCAUGCACCGCUUGCCGUAUUUCCGCUGGUUAGAAGAUCCAACAUUCCGCGUCCAGGUGUCCCCUCCUCUCACAACUGACAAGUCGGGCGCACCGCCUUCAUCUCCCAUUGGUCCUACGUCUUCUAUGACCGCCGCGUCCGCGGGCUUCGUUGUUUCUACCACGGAAGACAAGGAACCAAUCAGGCAGGAGCCCGAGGACUUGGACGACCUCCGGUGCAAGACCGACCAUCAGACCGUUCUGUCCCUCUUGUCACGCCCAGACUUGUUGGUCGAACUGCACGAGUACCUAGGUUCCGGGCGAUUAUGGGAUGCCUACCGCGUCAAACUCUCCUCUGGCUCGACACCGUCACAGGUCGUCGUGGCAAAGAUCUGUAAUCUGUACACUUUCACGCUGGGCGACGCGUACGAAUACGAGACCCCCUCGGCGGCGGCCGACGCAAUCGAGAUCGAGCUCGACUUGUUGACCCACUUACAAGCGGUCCAGGGGGAGAUCGUCCCCCGAUUGUACGGACGAUGGACGGGCAGGUGUCAGUUGCCCAGUGGCGGGACGGUGCGCUUGGAUUGUGUCAUGUUGGAAGACUGUGGGAGGGCCAUCGUCCCGUCUGACGAACUUGAAACCUGGUUAUACGAUGGCGACGAGGUGGAGAGGUUCCCGACCAAUUUGUCAUCCGAUGUCCGACAGCAGAUCAUAGAAAGCUAUGAGAAGCUACACAAACAAGGGAUCUUGCAUGUCGACGUCAACGCCCGACAUAUCCUUCUUCAUCCGGUUGAUAAAAAACCACGAAUCAUCGAUUUCGAGGGCGCGAUAUCUAUUUCCGAGGCCCAAGCAACGAACCAGGACUACGACGCGGAGCAAGAGAUGGAGAGGGUUCGGUGGUUGGUGCGCGCGGACGAGGAGCGUUGA